CCGACCCGCGGGCUCCCUCUCUUGCUCUCUGCGCGCCAAAGAAGCCCCGCCGGGAAAGCCCAGCAACCCGCCCUCCGAGAUGAAGAAGCUCCAGGGAGCUCACCUCCGAAAGCCUGUCACCCCAGACCUGCUGAUGACCCCGAGUGACCAGGGUGAUGUAGACCUGGACGUGGACUUUGCUGCAGACCGGGGGAAUUGGACGGGCAAGCUGGACUUCCUGCUCUCCUGCAUUGGUUACUGUGUGGGCCUGGGGAAUGUCUGGCGUUUCCCCUACAGAGCCUACACCAACGGAGGAGGUGCCUUCCUGGUCCCCUACUUCCUCAUGCUGGCCAUCUGCGGCAUUCCCCUGUUCUUCCUGGAGCUCUCUCUGGGCCAGUUCUCCAGCCUGGGGCCUCUGGCUGUCUGGAAGAUCAGCCCGCUCUUCAAAGGUGCCGGCGCAGCCAUGCUGCUCAUCGUGGGCCUGGUGGCCAUCUACUACAACAUGAUCAUCGCCUAUGUCCUCUUCUACCUCUGCGCCUCCCUCACCAGCAACCUGCCCUGGGAGCACUGCGGCAACUGGUGGAACACCGACCUCUGCCGGGAGCACAGGGGCUCCAAGGAUGGCAACGGGGCCCUGGCCCUCAACCUCAGCAGCACCGUCAGCCCCAGCGAGGAGUACUGGAGCCGCUACGUCCUCCACAUCCAAGGCAGCCGGGGCAUCGGCAGUCCGGGGGAGAUUCGCUGGAACCUCUGCCUCUGCCUGCUGCUGGCCUGGGUCAUCGUGUUCCUCUGUAUCCUCAAGGGGGUGAAGUCAUCGGGCAAGGUAGUGUACUUCACGGCCACGUUCCCCUACCUCAUCCUGCUCAUGCUGCUGGUCCGAGGAGUCACCCUCCCAGGGGCCUGGAAGGGCAUCCAGUUCUAUCUCACACCCCAGUUCCACCACCUGUUGUCUUCCAAGGUGUGGAUCGAAGCUGCUCUGCAGAUCUUUUACUCCCUGGGUGUGGGCUUCGGGGGUCUCCUUACCUUUGCCUCCUACAACACAUUUCAUCAGAACAUCUACAGAGACACCUUCAUCGUCACUCUGGGCAAUGCCAUCACCAGCAUCCUGGCUGGCUUCGCCAUCUUCUCUGUCCUGGGUUACAUGUCUCAGGAGCUGGGUGUGCCUGUGGAUCAAGUUGCCAAAGCAGGCCCUGGCCUGGCCUUUGUUGUCUACCCGCAGGCCAUGACCAUGCUGCCUCUGGCGCCCUUCUGGUCCUUCCUCUUCUUCUUCAUGCUGCUGACCCUCGGCCUGGACAGCCAGUUUGCCUUUCUGGAGACCAUUGUGACAGCUGUGACAGACGAGUUCCCAUACUACCUGAGGCCCAAGAAGGCCGUGUUCUCGGGGUUCAUCUGCGUGGCCAUGUACCUGAUGGGGCUGGUCCUCACCACAGAUGGGGGCAUGUAUUGGCUGGUCCUUUUGGAUGACUACAGCGCCAGCUUCGGGCUCAUGGUGGUGGUGAUCACCACAUGCCUCGCCGUCACCCGGGUGUAUGGCAUCCAGAGGUUCUGCAGAGAUAUCCACAUGAUGCUGGGAUUCAAGCCAGGCCUCUACUUCAGGGCUUGCUGGCUGUUCCUGUCCCCGGCCACGCUGCUGGCCCUGCUGGUGUAUAGCAUCGUCAAGUACCAGCCCUCUGAGUAUGGCAGCUACCGCUUCCCAGCCUGGGCAGAGCUGCUGGGCAUCCUCAUGGGCCUGCUGUCCUGCCUCAUGAUUCCGGCCGGCAUGCUGGUGGCUGUGCUUCGAGAGGAGGGCUCGCUGUGGGAGCGACUCCAGCAGGCCAGCCGGCCGGCCAUGGACUGGGGCCCAUCGCUGGAGGAGAACCGGACAGGCAUGUAUGUGGCCACCCUGGCUGGAAGCCAGUCACCCAAACCGCUGAUGGUGCACAUGCGCAAAUAUGGGGGCAUCACCAGCUUUGAGAACACUGCCAUCGAGGUGGACCGAGAGAUUGCCGAGGAGGAAGAAUCUAUGAUGUGAGGCAGGAGGCAGGUGGGCAGGAGGCCCUGGCCACAGAGGGCAGCUGUGCCCCUGGGUUCUGAGAGGUCCGAGGCUGUGGGAGGUUGCCAAGCUGAUGCUGGUCCCCCAGUGCAAAUCCCUCCUCGUGGCCUCUGCCUCUCCUGAAACUUGUCUGUCCCUACACACACACACACACACACACACACACACACACACAUGCACACCCACAUACAUGCACACAUGCACCCACACACACUCCCAUUCAAAGCUGAGGAUGGUCCAGCUCAGCCUCCACUUUUGCAGAUGGACAAACUGAGGCCAGGGAGGAGGGACUUGGCCAAGGUCACAUGGCCAGGCCUCCUGACCAGCUAGCUUCCUUUCUCAUGUGGCCACAGGUACCACCCUGCAUCUUUGAUUAGGGCCUAGCCCCUUCUCUGGGGAGCCUGCUCCACUCACUUCAACAUAACCAGAGAUAGCGGGGAGACUGGGCAUCACAAAGCCCUGCCAUCGAGCUUUUAGCAAGUCGAGUGGAAGAAGGAUCCCUGUGGGUCACAUGCCAGGGUGACCUCCAGGCUUCCUGAAGGAGGUGGGACUGAGGGCCCUAGAAGUUCAGAGAGAGAGGAAGGGGGGAGACGGCCUUGGUGAGGAGCUGACCCAGCCCAGAGGUGGAGGUCAGACUGCUGGCCCCUGCUCUUCCCCUGGAGCACAGACUAAGGCGCAGGGGCAGGGAGUGUGGUGCUAGACAUGGGUGUGACCAGUUGACAAUGGGGUCACAUGGGGAUGAAAACUGGCCAGGACAGGCGUCCAGGGAUGGUGGGGUGGGCAGAGGGUUUGCAUGAUCUGGUUAGGCUGUAGGUAGAAUAUAUUCUGGGUCAGUGCCGGGUGCAGGGUGGAGGUGGGAGACCUGCAGAAAUGGGCAAGAGGAACCCUGAGCUAGGGUUGGGGUAGGGAAAGAUAGGAGGACUCCCCACUUCUGAGAAAGGCCCACAGUUUCCCUCACUGAACCCCGUACUCCCUAGUGCAGGGAGCCCGGGGCACAAUUCAGACAUGAGAGGAAGCCAGACCCACGCCAGCUGCAGAGAUAGGAACCAGGGGAAACAGGCCUCAGGGCCCCCUCUCUUCCCUUCUCUCCCAUCCUGGUGGCCCUCCCCAUGCCCUCUAGCUCCAGCCACUGCUGGGAAAUUGGCAGUGGGUGACCAGGACACUGAGUGACUGGGAGGUGGCCCAUCCGCGUGACUGUCUGGUCCUGAUGCUGCCACUCUGCUCCUGGAUGUGGGCCCUUGGAGGUGGGCAUGGGACAGAGGCAGAGUGCAGGGUCAGCUGAUACCCCGGCCUGUGGCCAGAGCCCUGGGCCUUCUGUUCUUGGGCAUGGACACCAGAGGGCCCGCCCUGGGGCCCUGCUUUCCUGAGAGCAGGGGUUGUGAACAGCUGCACGAUUUCUUGCACAUGCGUCCCCAGGUCUCUGUCUCUCUCCUGGUGUCUCCCCAACCCAUCUGUGUCCUGUUAGUUUACUGUUAAUAAACACCAGUGU